CGCAUCACAGUGCACGGACAGUACGCAACUGGUCAGAGCGAUGGAUGGAAGAACAUCGCAAAGACGUCGGUACUCACAUCGACUAUGAACGUCAAUUGGCUUGCGCAUCUGGUUCGAACACACGAUAUGACAGGACGGCCGAAAACGGGCCAGGAACACCUAGAAGUGAUCAAGUCAGACAUCGAGUACAUGGAGACCACGUACGGUGUGAGGACUAUCGCUUGGGUCACGGAUGACGGCCCUGACGGGAAAGGGGCUCGUAAUCUCCUACGGAAGCUCUGGCCAUGGAUGGUUCUCCUUCUCUGCUGGGCGCAUCAGUGCAAUUUGCUUGUUGGCGAAUUUCUGGUUCUAGAUCCUUACCGAAACAUCAUGGCGCAGGCUGUCGAAAUUGCGAAAUGGUUCAACAACCAUAGCGGCGCUCUAGACCUGCUGAAUGUAGAGCAACUAGCCACGUACCGAGAUCGCCCUCGAGCCCUUGCUCUGCUUCUUCCCGUGGUCACGCGCUGGACCGCUCACUUGCAUGCGGCAGAGCGGGUUCUGCAGCUAAAGUUGGCCCUGGAGUGCGUCAUCAUGAAGCAUAGGGAUCGCCUCAAGACAAUCGCCUCCUUCUCACGUGCUAGGGAGGGCGACACACUCAUAGGCCGUAUAAUAGCGACCAUUGAGAACAAGGAGUUCUGGGUGUUGCUUGCUCGAGUUACAACUCACCUGAAACCGCUUGCCAUUGCCACAAACAUCCUCCAAUCGUCCCAUGCCCGUCUUGAUCAUGUCCUGUUCACCCUUGCCAACCUCUACCAUACCUAUAAUCAGGACCUUUUCAUCCUAGCGGGCUUCUUGAAUCCAUACGUACGCGCAUCGUGCUUCAACCGAAAGGUUCUUUGCGGCCAGGACAUCGUCAAUCUUGCUAUCCGUGUCUUCAAGCGGCUGUUUGAAUGUGAUCCUGAAGCGUCCUUCAGUGAUGCGGUCGAAGCCUACAUGUACCGACAGGGUCACUAUACCGAUGCUGCUAUGAACCUCGCUGGUCAUCUAUCGAAUGCCAAGGAUAAGGAAGUCGACAUCCUCCGGAUCUGGAAGUUGGCAGAUCGAUCGAAUGCGGACAAUACAGCCAUCUGUACAGAUGAGAAUGGACUUCCCAAGCUCGCAAGGCGGCUGCUAUCAGUCGCAGUGAGCACAGGUGACACGGAGCGCGUUUUUAGCGACUUUGGUAUAACGCACACUCGACGCUGCAACCGUCUCUCACCGGAGACAGUCCACAAGAUUUCCGUGGUACGGAAGUCUCUCCGCCGCGCACACGCAGCGGCAGGACUAUUGGUAACUCGGAUGAAACGAAAACUCACAUCA